GCGGCCGCAAACCGCUCCCGGGACACGCGGCGGAUCCCACUGGGGACGGACGGGGAGCGCCGGGAGCCAGCGCGGCCUAACGGAGAGGGAGCCUCCUGUAAGCCCGGCCAGCAGCACGUGAUGCCCCUGUUUGGGAGCUCCUUCAGCCCGAAGAAGACGCCCCCCAGGAAAUGGGUCUCUCUCUCCAACCUGCACUUUAUGGAUAGAUCCACCCGUGAGGUUGAGCUGGGCCUGGAGUACGGCACCCCCUCCAUGAACCUUGCUGGCCAGAGCCUGAAGUUUGAAAAUGGCCAGUGGGUGUCAGAAUCAGGAAGCUUCACGGGGGAUCGCAGAGAAUUGCAGCGCUUGCGCAAACGAAACCAGCAGCUAGAGGAAGAAAACAACCUCCUUCGGCUGAAAGUGGAUAUUCUGCUGGACAUGCUCUCCGAGACCACCGCUGAGUCCCACCUGAUGGAGAAGGAGCUGGAGGAGCUGAAGCAGCACAGCCGGAGGAGGAAGUGAAGAAGAGGUGGCUGGAGAAUGGGGCUGGCUCUGGGUCUUGGCGCACAGGAUGCCAGGGCCAGCUUGGGCCUCCCAGCCACGUUGGUACUGUCUGUAGGUACUUUGUUUCAUGGGACCAAGAGUGACGAGAUGCCUCCAGCAUUGUGCGGUGCCGUGAUGCUGCUGAUGGUUGGUUUGGCACCGCAGCACUGUUGAAAUUAACACGUUUUUUCUCAGAGCACUUUACAUUGCAGCAACCCAGCAUAGAUACCCUUCUCUCCAAGGCAGCCGGACAAGGGCGGUGGAGAAGAUCCCUCUCCGUGCGGGCUCCUCCUUGCCUUAGGAAGGCAGGGAAACCCCUGCCCCCUCCAGCCUGUCCCCCCCAUGGGGAGCCCGCGGAGGCUCGUACAAGCCUCGCCGCCUGCCUUGGGCGAGCGGGAUGCUGGAGUUGCUCGUUCUCGAGGGUUUUGCAUAAUCUACAUAAAACCUCGCCUUUAAAACAC